AGGUUGGCCUCACCAUGGAUCGGGACUACCUACUCAGGGACAGACGGAAAUAUAAUGAAGCAGAGGUUAAACAAAUUGGGUAAAAUUGGGAAUGUUUUUAUAACAAACAAAAUGAUGGAAGCACUUUAAUGCAGAUACGGGAGGAUAUGAAUUUAGUGUAAAACGUAGAGUUCCUGUUAUGUUUAUUGAUCUGAUGUAAUCAUUUUAUUGAUAUUGUGUUGUGUUGUGUAAUUGCUGAAAUAUUGUAUGUCUGUAUUUAUUUGAUGGAAAUUAAUAAAGCUUCUAAAAAGUGAAAAAGUGAAAAGAUUUGAGGUCCCAGUUUACCUGGUUUGUGAUCUAUCUUUCUGUUGGAUCCAGUCCACUAGAGGAGCUCUCCUCCCUAAACCCCCCCCUGAUCAGCUCCUCCUCCUCCGGGCUCUUCAGGUCACAUUGUGCAUCAUGUCUGCCUCCAUGGUGAGGACCUGCUGUCAUGCAUCCUGUCUUCUGCUCAGGAGACCUCGUGUUUACCUGUCAUUAAGGUGUAACCUCCACAGUUCUCCUCCUGCAGCCAGCGGCCUCCUCUUCUCUCUCAGUAAACGCGGCCUCGUGAAGGACUCUUUCCCGCAGGACGCAGCUCAGGACCGGCUCCCCAGGCUGCUCCAGUCCGGUGCUCAGACCGUCUACUGCGGCUUCGACCCCACCGCAGACAGCCUCCAUGUGGGCAACCUGCUGGCCGUCAUCGGCCUGCUGCACUUCCGCAGCGCCGGCCACCACGUCCUGGCGCUGCUCGGAGGCGCCACGGCUCAGAUCGGAGACCCCAGCGGGAAAACGAGCGACAGAGAGCGGAUGAGCGAGGAGGCUGCGGCGCAGAACACCCGCAGCAUCCGCGAGAGUCUGCAGAGGAUCUUCACCAACCACGAGCUGCUCUUCCUCCAGGAGGGCUGCAGGAACCUGGGCACCGUGACCGUCCUCAACAACCUGAGCUGGUACAAGGACCGGGACGUGGUGGGGUUCCUCUCGGAGGCUGGGAGACACUUCAGGAUGGGGACCAUGCUGAGCAGACACAGCGUCCAGACCCGGAUGAGGAGCGACGACGGGAUGAGUCUCACUGAGUUCACCUACCAGGUGUUCCAGGCUCACGACUUCCACCACCUGAACCAGGUCUACGGCUGCAGGAUCCAGCUGGGGGGCACCGACCAGCUGGGCAACCUGAUGUCUGGGCAUGAUUACAUCCACAAGGUGAGCGGCGAGGAGGUGUACGGCCUGACCAUCCCGCUGGUGACCAGCACUGCCGGGGACAAGCUGGGGAAGACGGCGGGCAACGCGGUGUGGCUCAACAGAGACAAGACGUCUCCCUUUGAACUCUACCAGUUCUUUCUCAGGCAGCCCGACGCCAGUGUGGAAGGGUACCUGAAGCUGUUCACCUUCCUGCCUCUGGCGGAGGUGGAGAGGCUGAUGGAGCAGCAGAGAGAGGAUCCGGGUAAACGCCUCGCACAUAAACGACUGGCGGCAGAGGUGACCAAACUGGUGCAUGGAAAAGAGGGCCUGGAGAGUGCAAAGAGAUGUACCAACGCACUGUACCACAGCAGCGUGCAGGCCUUGGAGGAAAUGAGUGACGAGGAGCUUCAGGAGCUCUUCAGGGAGGCUCCGUUCCACGAGCUGCUGCUGGAGCCGGGUACCACGGUGAUAGACGCCUGUCGCAGGGCCAGCGCCAUCCCACACGGACCCAAAGGAUAUCAAAUGGUUUCGGACGGAGCCGUGUGGAUCAACCACAGGCGGGCAGACAAACCAGAGCAGGUACUGAUCCCCAAACUCCAUAUCCUGUCCAACGGACUUAGCUUGCUCAGAGUGGGCAAGAGGAACUUCUACAUCAUCAAGUGGCUCAGCCUCUGAAGGCUGUCUGCUGCUCGCAAGGGACCAGUUUGACCUAUGACCUACUGUAUGGUGGACUGACUGGGAAGGUAGGCGACCAGCGGGGCUCAGUGAGGAGACGUGGAUGGACUGAUAUCUUGGAAAAUACUGGGUUUUUGGCGUAGUUUAAUAGAGCCACAACAAAUGUCUUUU